UAAGUCAUUUGUUUAGGCAGUAGGGAGUUUCUGCUGGGGUCGGGAUUGGAGUUACGCACAGACCGGACCCUGCCCUGCAUGAGUGGUGUCUGAGGAGGAAAAAAGAGGAUCUCCCCUGCCACAAAGAAUCUACAUGUCUAAUAUUUAGACAUGUUCAGCUUUGUGGAUAUUCGGUUAGCGCUCUUGCUCAGCGCAACAGUGCUUUUGGCGAGAGGUCAAGGCGAGGAUGAUAAGCAAUACGGCAGCUGCACAUCUGAUGGACAGUUGUACAAUGACAAGGAUGUAUGGAAACCAGAACCCUGUCAGAUUUGCGUGUGCGAUGUGGGGACCGUCCUGUGCGACGAGGUGAUCUGCGAGGACACGACCGAAUGUGAAGACCCCAUUAUUCCAGACGGAGAGUGCUGCCCUAUCUGCCCAGAAGACAACGGUCCUUACCCAACACCUGAGAUUCCGAAGGGACCCACCGGCCCCAAUGGAGAUCCGGGUCCUUCUGGUCCCCCUGGCCCUGACGGAAUCCCCGGAACGCCUGGCGUUCCCGGCCCACCCGGCCCACCCGGCCCCCCUGGCUUCGGUGGAAAGUUCUCUCCUCAAAUGAGCUACUUCGACUCCUCAAAAUCCUCCACACCCAUUAUUGGCCCACCUGGUCCCCCUGGUCCCCGUGGUGCUCCUGGACCUCCUGGCCAUGUGGGUCCCUCAGGUAACCAGGGACCCCCAGGAGAGCCCGGUGAGCCCGGCGCUGCGGGUCCAAUGGGACCCCGUGGUCCUGCAGGCCCCCCUGGAAAGAACGGAGAUGAUGGUGAGUCUGGCAAACCUGGACGCCCCGGUGAGCGUGGACCCGCUGGCCCUCAGGGUGCUCGUGGAUUCCCUGGAACUCCCGGACUCCCCGGCAUCAAAGGACACAGAGGUUUCCCAGGUCUGGAUGGAGCCAAGGGAGACAGCGGACCUGCUGGCCCUAAGGGAGAGCCUGGUACCCCUGGAGAAAAUGGCAUCCCAGGCGCCAUGGGUGCUCGUGGUCUUCCUGGUGAGAGAGGCCGCCCUGGACCUUCUGGCCCCUCUGGUGCUCGGGGUAACGAUGGCAACACCGGUCCUGCUGGUCCUCCCGGACCUACCGGACCUGCUGGACCCCCUGGAUUCCCUGGCGGCGCUGGUGCUAAGGGUGAGACUGGCCCUGCAGGAGGUCGUGGACCUGAGGGAGCCCAGGGAGCCCGUGGUGAGCCUGGUAACCCAGGACCUUCCGGACCUGCUGGACCUGCUGGCACUCCUGGAUCUGAUGGUCAGCCUGGUGCUAAAGGUGCCAAUGGUGCUCCUGGUAUUGCUGGCGCUCCUGGUUUCCCCGGCACCCGUGGUCCUGCUGGAGCUCAGGGAGGCGCUGGUGCUCCUGGUCCCAAGGGUAACAAUGGUGAUCCCGGUCCCCCAGGUCCUAAGGGAGAGCCCGGUGCCAAGGGUGAGCCUGGCCCCGCUGGAGUUCAGGGACUCCCUGGCCCCUCUGGUGAGGAAGGAAAGAGAGGACCUCGUGGAGAGCCUGGUGGUGCUGGACCCCGUGGACCCCCUGGAGAACGUGGUGCCCCUGGUGCUCGUGGUUUCCCUGGUUCUGAUGGUGGUGCAGGUGGAAAGGGCGCCCCAGGUGAGCGUGGUGCCCCCGGACCAAUGGGAGCUCAGGGGGCCAGCGGUGAGAGUGGAACCCCUGGCGCUCCUGGUGCUCCCGGAUCAAAGGGUAUGACUGGUAGCCCCGGAAGCCCCGGCCCUGACGGCAAAGUCGGACCUGCUGGUGCCCCUGGACAAGAUGGCCGCCCCGGACCCCCUGGCCCCACAGGAUCCAGAGGACAGCCCGGAGUCAUGGGAUUCCCCGGACUCAAGGGAGCCGCUGGUGAGUCUGGUAAAGCUGGAGAGAGAGGCCCUGCUGGAGCUACUGGCCCUGUUGGUGCUCCUGGCAAAGACGGUGAUGUUGGUGCUCCUGGACCUUCUGGCCCAGCUGGACCUGCUGGAGAGAAGGGAGAACAAGGACCAUCUGGCGCUCCAGGAUUCCAAGGUCUUCCUGGACCCCAAGGAGCAACUGGUGAAAGUGGCAAGCCUGGUGAGCAGGGCGUUCCCGGUGAGGCUGGACCACCUGGCCCAUCUGGACCCAGAGGCGACAGAGGCUUCCCUGGUGAACGCGGUGGUCCCGGACCUGCAGGUCCAACUGGACCUCGUGGUUCCCCUGGUGCUGCUGGUAAUGAUGGACCAAGGGGAGAGCCUGGUGCUGCUGGCACCCCCGGAAGUGCAGGACCCACUGGUAUGCAGGGAAUGCCUGGAGAGCGAGGAUCUUCCGGUCUCCCCGGAGCCAAGGGAGAGAGAGGAGACGCUGGUCCUAAGGGUGCUGACGGCGCCUCUGGCAAAGAUGGCAUGCGCGGUCCAACUGGUGCUAUUGGAGCUCCUGGACCUCCUGGUUCUCAGGGUGAGAAGGGCGAGGCCGGUCCCACUGGAGUCGUUGGACCCUCUGGUCCUCGUGGUGCCCCCGGUGAUCGUGGAGAGUCCGGACCUCCAGGACCUGCUGGAUUCGCUGGACGUCCUGGUGCUGAUGGUCAGCCUGGUCCCAAGGGAGAGAGCGGUGACACCGGACCCAAGGGAGAUGCUGGUUCCGCUGGACCUCCUGGACCCGUCGGAUCUGCUGGUCCUCAGGGACCUGCUGGUGCUACUGGACCCAAAGGUGCUCGUGGUGGUGCUGGACCUCCUGGUGCUACCGGUUUCCCUGGACCUGCCGGCAGAGUCGGACCCCCUGGCCCUGCUGGAGCUGCUGGACCCCCCGGACCUGUUGGACCCAUGGGAAAAGAUGGACCCAGGGGAGCUCGAGGUGAGACUGGCCCUGCUGGUCGCCCUGGUGAGUCUGGUGCUAUGGGACCUCCAGGUCUCAGUGGAGAGAAGGGAUCCCCCGGCUCUGAUGGCGCCCCUGGUGCCCCCGGUCUCCCCGGACCCCAGGGUGUUAUUGGACAGCGAGGUACCGUUGGCGCGCCCGGUCUGAAAGGAUCAUCAGGUCCAAUGGGCCCCCAGGGACCAGCUGGUGAGCCAGGAAAGCAGGGACCUCCCGGCCUUGUCGGUGAGCGUGGACCCCCUGGACCUGCCGGACCCCCCGGACUGUCUGGUGCCACUGGAGAGGCUGGUCGUGAGGGAUCUCCUGGUCACGAUGGCGCUCCUGGUCGUGAUGGAUCUCCUGGACCCAAGGGAGACCGUGGUGAGAGUGGUAUGGCCGGACCCCCUGGACCUCCUGGUGCUCCUGGAGCCCCCGGCGGUGUUGGGCCCUCUGGUAAAACUGGCGAACGUGGAGAGAGUGGUCCUGCUGGUCCCGCUGGUCCUUCUGGCAUUGCUGGACCCCGUGGUCCUGCUGGUCCCGCUGGUGCCAAGGGAGACAGAGGAGAGGCCGGUGAGGCUGGAGAGAGAGGCCACAAGGGACACAGAGGACUCAGCGGUCAGCCUGGUCUGCCUGGACCUCCUGGAACUCAUGGAGACAGAGGACCCGCUGGUUCCUCCGGACCUGCUGGACCCAGAGGACCUUCUGGAAGCAACGGUUCCCCUGGUAAGGAUGGCAUGAAUGGUAUGCCUGGACCCAUCGGACCCCCUGGACCUCGUGGUCGCAAUGGAGAGAUGGGACCAUCUGGUCCUCCUGGACCCCCAGGACCCCCCGGACCUCCCGGACCCCCUGGCAGUGCCAUGGAGUUCAUCGCACCACCCCACCAGGAGAAGGCCCCCGAUCCUAUGCGUGGUGGCUACCGUGCCGACGACCCCAACAUGAUGCGCGACCGCGACAUGGAGGUUGACACCACCCUGAAGACCCUGACCCAGAAGGUGGAGAAGAUCCGCAGCCCUGACGGCUCUCAGAAGAGCCCUGCUCGCAUGUGCCGUGACCUGAGGAUGUGCCACCCUGAAUGGAAGAGCGGCACAUACUGGGUUGACCCCAAUCAGGGCUCUCCUCUGGAUGCCAUUCAGGUCCACUGCAACAUGGAGACUGGAGAGACCUGCGUCAGCCCCGUCGACUCCACCAUCCCCAUGAAGAACUGGUACCUCAGCAAGAACAUCAGAGAGAAGAAGCACGUCUGGUUCAGCGAGUCCAUGACCGGUGGAUUCCAGUUCCAGUAUGGCAGCAACGGAGCUGAUCCCGAGGACGUCAACAUCCAGAUCUCCUUCAUGCGCCUGAUGUCCAACCAGGCCUCACAGAACAUGACGUAUCACUGCAAGAACAGCAUCGCCUACAUGGACUCUGCCACAGGCAACCUGAAGAAGGCCCUGCUUCUCCAGGGGUCCAACGACGUCGAGAUCAGAGCUGAGGGCAACAGCCGCUUCACAUACAGCGUCAGCGAGGAUGGCUGCACGUCACACACUGGCACAUGGGGCAAGACGGUCAUCGACUACAAGACAUCGAAAACAUCCCGACUGCCCAUCAUUGACAUUGCUCCUAUGGACGUUGGUGCACCUGAUCAGGAAUUUGGCGUCGAAGUUGGCCCCGUUUGCUUCUUGUAAAAAACACAAAAAAAAAACCCAAAAAAAUGAAAGAAACAUGGACAUGACAUUGUUGUUUUUUUCUAGCAGUCAUCUCUAAAACCUCUUUUUUUUCCUAUGCAAUCAAAACUCAUUCGGCCGCCACUGGUCCACAAUGCUUUAAAACCACUCCACUGAAGACGGUGUCUGUGUUAUUUUCUUCCAAUCAUGAGACGCUUUUUUUUUUUUGGGACUGCUACUCCAUCUGAAAACCAACCACAAGGACACUUUGAAUAAAACCUUUUGAUUCCACUGGCAACAAGAAAAUAAUGUACGUAUCUGUAAAUUUCCCCACAGGAAAUGAUUAAAAAUAAGAAAAAAAAAAAGAAAUCAGGUGACUAUUUGCCUAUUUCCAACCACUGCAGAAGGACUUUGAAAACAACAAAUGAUAUGUACCAUUUUUCUGGUGUUAAAUAAAUUGUAAAAAGUGUGAAGUGUCUUGUUGAUCUAAAUACAUAAAAAAAAAAAACACCUGAACUUUGGACCAACAAAAAGAACAAGACAAUUAAGCUCACCUUCAUUGCAAUAUAUAGAUGGCUACCUCAGAGUCACCCCCAUUUUUUUCUUUGAAAAAGCUUGUAGGGGGGCAUUAAACCAUUUAAAGGUGCUAUUACAAAUCCAAUGAGGUCCAGUUAUCGGUAUUUGAUGAUCAAACUCUCACUCUCAUACUGUAAUUGUUGCCACUAAUGCCUGCAGAACUCUGGUGCUACUAAAUUCACUCAUUGUCUUGUUUUCUAUGCAGUGCAAUUUUUUUUUCGUUCUCUUCAAGUGUUGGUUUGAUAACAGGUGCGAUUGCUGCAGAUGUGACGCAUGCAUUCGGGUCUUUGUAGAUACAAGCGAGUGACUUCCCUGCCCACAAAGUUCAUUGUCUGCCCCCUCCUGUGGAAAACUCCUUCAAUACAUUUGAAAAGAAAACCCUGCCCUACAAAAGCACAGCCCACAUUUUCCCACUUGUUUAUGUUUCACUGAUGUCUUUGUUUUUUGUUUUUUUGCAGCGAGAGUUUCUUAAAAGUGGAAAUUGAAGCAGACCGACUUUCAUGGUUUCAAGGAGAGAUUCUGUACUUAUUUUGUACAUGUAUAAUAAAUCAAGAUGUUUUUAAUUAUUUUGGGUGCUGAAAUAAAGCAUGUGAAGUGGUCUA